AUGUCUCCUCCGGCUGAAUUGAGUUUUGACGAAAUACUUAAAUUUAUGUUGGCUCACAAUGGAAAAGUCACGAAUCACGAAUUGGUCAAGCAUUUUAAAGUGUUUUUAAUGAACCCCGACAUGAGAGAUGAAGCAAGAAAUACCUUCAAAAAACAUGUUAAUGCAUUGGCUAUAAUUAAAAAUCAAAAUAAUGAAAAAUGGUUGAUUUUAAAGAAAAAAUAUUUGAAUAAUAGUGCAAAGGAGAAUGAAAUUUCAGAAAAUAAAACACAGGAGGAGCCCGUAACUGAAAGCAAUGUUGAACCUGAACCUAUUAGCCAACCACCAUACCGUCCUCCACCACCCUUACAAUUAAACCAAGAUUUCAAUAUACUAUCAAGUAUUAUUCAAGAUUCAACACCUGUUAGUCCAUCUCCAAAAACUUCUGUUGAUAUUCCUCUAAGUGAAAGCAAAGAAAGUUUGACUCUAAGUGAAGAAACUCCACCAAAAGUUCAUCCAAGAAGAAAAUCCACUGAAAAAAGUGGUAUGGAUAAAAGAUCAAGCAUACCUAAUUUAAACCUCGGACCCCGUUCAUCGAUCCCGAACCAAGAUUCAUCUGAACUUAGUGAAACAUUAACAUCCUCUAGAAGUGAAAGUAUGUUGGUGGAGAAUGAACAGAAGAUAUCUGUGAAAGAAAGAAAGCAAAUGUUUAACAGAAUGGCUUCAGAAAGUGAUGUGAUUAAGUCCCAAAAACUUAGUUUUAACUCAUCGAGUGUCGACGAAGAAGACAGAGCAUCGCUGGAGCACAAGGAGUCAGAUCCGUUGGACUCAAAGCAAAAACAGUGGAUACUGUGUGCAGCUCGAGGCGAAUACCACUCAUUAGCUAAAAUGUGCAAAGAAAACGCAAAGCUUGUACGGACAAAGCUAUUUAAGAUAACAUUUAGACUCAAACGUAGGGUGGAAGAAAGGUUAAAAAUAACUGCCAUCUUAACAGUAUUAGCAUCUGCUUGUCGCAAAGUGGUCGUCGCGUGUUCUUACUACAUCAUAAACGUUGAACUUACACAAAUGGAUGUU